AUGGCGAGGUCUCAAUGUACCACUUGUGGUCUGAAUCGCCAAAACUGUCAAUGUUCACCACCCACUGGUCCGGUCGAGAUAACUCCAUCUUAUUGCUGUUCUUGCUACCUUUGGAGCACUCUUAUCUUCUCCAUUGUCCUUCUCGCUUUGGCAGGUAUUGUAACACUUUUAAUCGGACAAAAUAGUUGUUACUUCGAGCUCUUUGCUAAUUCCAUCUCCGCCACAAACGCAAACGCCUCAAACGCUGAUUGGAGAAUCGGUUUUGUUGCCAAGAGUCCAGUCUCCGGCUGUAAAUUCUCUCUCUAUACAUUGCAAUCUCGUCUCCUUCGUGGCGGCGAGGUUAUCUCCGAGAUAUCUCCGUCGUUGGAUUCUUUGGGACAACUUGUUAAUGCCGGCGAGACGGAUGGGCCGGUGACAACUGUCGGUUUCAAAAACGUGGUGACUCCGGGAGUUAUCGGCGGCGUGGUUUGGGAUUUUCGGGUGGAGCUUGUCGCCAGAGUGAAUGAACACAGUGGACAUGGUAUUUUGACAGUGUUAUGCGGCGGUUUACCGGUGAAAUUUACGGCGGAUCCGGCGGGGAAUGUGACUGGAUCGUUGCUCGGAAAUAUGAGACGGUGUGAGUAUUUAUUCCGGCGGGAUAAAUGGAAUCGUUACGUUUAG